GGGUAAAAAAAAACUCAGAGGUUAAUCGGAAAAAUAAGAAGCUUCUCCUCAAUCAUGUCUAACUUCAUUUUUCAACUUUGGUGACAGCUAAAGAAUAGUAAGUUAGAAGAUAUUUAGUAUCUUUCUUCUUCAACUGAAUCGCGAACAAGCCACCACCACUCGGAUCUCUCUAAUCGCCGAUCGGAAUCCGCCAUGGGAGUACCGGCGUUCUACAGAUGGCUCGCCGACCGAUACCCGAAGUCAAUUAGUGACGUCGUUGAAGAAGAACCUACCGAUGGAGGUCGUGGUGUCCUAAUUCCUGUUGAUAUCACCAGACCUAACCCUAACGGCUUCGAGUUUGAUAAUUUGUAUCUUGAUAUGAAUGGUAUCAUUCAUCCUUGUUUCCAUCCUGAAGGAAAGCCUGCACCUGCCACGUACGAUGAUGUAUUUAAAUCGAUGUUUGAGUACAUUGACCAUCUUUUUACUCUAGUACGUCCGAGGAAGAUUCUUUAUUUGGCUAUAGAUGGAGUUGCGCCCAGAGCAAAGAUGAAUCAGCAGCGUUCUCGACGUUUCAGGGCUGCAAAGGACGCAGCAGAGGCUGAAGCUGAAGAAGAGAGGUUGAGAAAAGAUUUUGAGAUGGAGGGCCAAAUCUUGUCUGCGAAAGAGAAAGCUGAAACCUGUGAUUCAAAUGUCAUUACUCCUGGGACCCCUUUUAUGGCUAUACUGUCAGUCGCUCUUCAGUAUUACAUCCAAUCUAGGUUAAACCAUAACCCUGGCUGGAGAUAUGUUAAGGUUAUUCUUUCUGAUUCAAAUGUUCCGGGCGAAGGAGAACACAAGAUAAUGUCAUACAUUCGUCUCCAACGUAAUCUUCCUGGUUUUGAUCCAAAUACACGGCAUUGUCUAUACGGUCUGGAUGCAGAUUUGAUAAUGCUCUCCUUAGCUACACAUGAAGUUCACUUUUCCAUCUUAAGAGAGGUUAUCACUUACCCUGGGCAACAAGAGAAAUGCUUUGUGUGUGGACAAACUGGUCACUUUGCUGCAGAUUGCCCUGGAAAAUCAGGUAGCACAAAUGCAGCAGCUGAUAUUCCAAUCCACAAGAAAAAAUAUCAGUUCCUGAACAUUUGGGUGUUGCGAGAAUAUUUGCAAUAUGAAUUGGCCAUUCCAGAUCCUCCUUUUAUGAUCAACUUUGAGAGAAUAAUAGACGACUUUGUAUUCCUUUGCUUCUUUGUUGGCAAUGACUUCCUACCUCAUAUGCCUACCCUGGAAAUUCGAGAGGGGGCUAUAAACUUGCUGAUGCAUGUUUACAGAAAGGAGUUUACAGCUAUGGGAGGCUAUCUAACAGAUUCUGGUGAGGUUCUACUAGAUAGGGUAGAGCAUUUCAUUCAAGCUGUCGCUGUAAAUGAAGAUAAAAUAUUUCAGAAAAGAACGCGGAUAAAACAGUCAAUGGAUAACAAUGAAGAAAUGAAACAAAGAUCAAGAAGAGACCCAUCUGAGGUACCACCUGAACCGAUAGACGAUAAGAUUAAAUUAGGAGAACCAGGCUACAAAGAGAGGUAUUAUGCUGAGAAAUUUAAUACGACCAAUCCAGAAGAAACUGAGCAAAUCAAACAAGACAUGGUACUAAAAUAUGUUGAAGGUUUGUGCUGGGUUUGCCGGUACUACUACCAAGGUGUAUGCUCUUGGCAAUGGUUUUACCCAUACCAUUAUGCUCCAUUUGCUUCAGAUCUUAAGAAUCUACCUGAUUUGGAAAUCACAUUUUUUAUUGGAGAGCCCUUUAAACCUUUAGACCAGUUAAUGGGAACCCUGCCGGCUGCAAGCUCAAAUGCUCUGCCUGGAGAAUACCGGAAGUUAAUGACUGAUCCCUCAUCCCCGAUCCUGAAAUUUUACCCUGCUGAUUUUGAUAUUGACAUGAAUGGAAAGCGCUUCGCCUGGCAGGGUAUUGCAAAACUUCCUUUCAUUGAGGAGAAACUAUUGUUAGCUGCUACAAGGAAGCUUGAAGAAACGCUAACGGUGGAAGAACGGCAACGCAACAGUGUGAUGCUUGAUUUGUUAUACGUACACCCCGCUCAUCCUCUGGGCCAGCGGAUCCUGCAGUACUACCAUAUCUACCAGCACUUGCCACCACAUGAAUGUCUUCCAUGGAUGAUUGACCCGAAUUCUAGCCAAGGAAUGAACGGUUUUCUUUGGUUUAGUGAAAGGAAUGGGUUCCAAACUAGAGUGGAUUCCCCUGUUAAUGGUUUGCCAUGCAUUGAGCAGAACCGAGCCUUAAAUGUUACAUACCUGUGUCCUGCCAAACACUCUCAUAUCUCAGAACCACCAAGAGGAGCGAUCAUUCCGGACAAGAUCUUGACGUCAGCAGAUAUAAAACCAUUUCCUCUUUUAUGGCAUGAAGACAAUAGCAACCGACGCCGACAAGCCCGAGAUAGGCCACAAGUAGCUGGAGCUAUAGCUGGGCCUUCGCUGGGAGAAGCAGCUCAUCGUCUGAUCAAAAACACCCUUAACAUGAAAUCCUCUACUGGUGCGGCUUCAGGAUUAAUUGACCCAAACGGAUACUACCGAAAUGUACCGGGUAAUCAUUAUUAUGGUGGAGUCAAUAGACCAAGAGCACCGGGUCCCUCUCCAUACAGGAAAGCUUAUGAUGAUGACUCGAGCUAUUACUACUAUGGAAAGUAUAACAAUAGCUCACAGGGAACGUUUAGCAACGGUCCAAGGUAUCCUGGUCCAUCAAAUGGAUCACAAGACUAUAACCGGAACUACAACUCCAAGAUAGUAGCAGAACAGCAGAACCGUGGUGGACUUAGAGCUGGAAUAUCUGGUUUAUCGAUAGAAGAUAACGGCAGAAGCAAACAAUUGUAUUCAAGUUAUACAGAAGCUGCUAAUGCAAAUUUGAACCGGUUGCCUUCACCGCCCACCCAAUGGAUCGGUACACAGCCAGGUGGUAAUUUUGUCGGUGGAUACUAUAGGGAAGGAGUUGGGUAUGGCGAAACAAAUGGAAAACCGGUAAAGAAAGUAAUUUAUCAGGCCAAGACACAACAAAGUCAUCGAGGCACAAACGAAUGAGAUUUUAGUUGAGGCAAUGGAGGUUUCUCUGUACAGGUACGAUGCAACGUUCCGCAGCAUUUUCUGCCAUCAGUUUUCUUAAAUUUCUGGCUAAAGGCAAAUGUACAAUGUACCUUUUGGACAUUUCUUUUGUUAUAUAUAUAUAUUUAUUUACAUUAAACUUGUUUUAGAGUCUUUAGACAGCUUUUGGCAAUUUGAUAUUGGACUCUCUCUUCCUUCUUCUA